AUGGGGAAGAAACAGCCUUUAAUUAAAGCCGUCGACAUGGUUGAGCUUAAAGAGGAAGCCGAAGGUCUCAUGGCAGCUGUACAAGCAAGAAGAGCCAGGCGUGUUCUCCCCAAACUCUCCCCAGAGGGUGUUGUGGAGUAUGUGUUGAUAAUUCCCAAACAAGGACAGCGGAACUUGGCACAGACAGGAGCUGACUUGGACUGGGUGCUUAAUGAUGGAAGGAUAAGCAGUGCAAGGAGUACCAGGACCGAACCGGACUGCGACAGGUUACAUGGCUACAGCAGCCUUGGUUCUCCUGCUGACGACAUGCCUUUUCAGAGGAGGAUUGUGAGUGCAGGUAAAUCAAAGAACAAACUACCCUGGGAGGUGUUUACUGUGUCAUCCAUCGAGAGUGACCCGCAAUGCAAUACACCUGAUGGAAAGGCUGCUGAACAUGUUACCAAUGAAGACCUCUCAUUUUCAAGAAAACUAAGUCCAGAAAACUACAUACCCAGUUUCAGUUCAGCAGAACCUCCAAAAAUGCAUUUGUCCAGAAGGAAUGAGUCUCCUGCACGUCUCAAACGAAGUGGUAGCCUUAACAUUGACAAGGACUUAUUCAAGACCGCAAAUCUCUCUGAAAUAGAUUCAACCAAGGAAAGUGUGCUCUCGAGAAACCCUAGUGUUGAGCGUACCUUCUCUCUGCCGGCCAAGUCCUCCUCUACGGGCUCAUUCCUGCUGCCUUCUUACCCACUGGCCUCACUUCCAGGCAGCGUCCCCACACCAACCCUUGCCCGCCGCCAAGUGAACUCCCCUGUCUCAAUGUCUAACACGUGGCCAGACAAAAGAGACAGUAGCCCUCACCAGCGAGACGCAAGUCCCUGGAGAGAUCUUUCUGGUACUACGAAAGAUGUACUAGAAACUCGCUGCUCUCCCAGGCUUUUUCGCUCCUCGCUGGUUACUUCAACCUCAUCAUUUCGAAAAGCGCUUAGUAAUACAAGAAUAAAUCAUUCUGUAUCACCAGUAAUCUCUCCAGAACAUGAUGAGCAAUUAGAAAUGAGAAAUGUUAUCAGGAAUAAUGGCCAAAACCUUGAAGAGGGGGACAACUUGGACAUGCAAGAGAUGCUGAAUUCUCUGCGCUCCUUGAGGAACAGUGCUGCUAAGAAAAGGGUGAAAGUGGCCCUAAGUAACUCAGACCUGGAUCCAGACAGUCCUGAUUCUGCUGUGAGGUUAGACCUGGGCUUGGACUCACCAUCACACACUCCUUCGAUCCUUACAAGUUCAACAAGUGAAAGUGGGCUCUCCAGCCUCAGCUCUGUCAUCAACUGCAGCCUUAAUGGAAUAAAAACUAGCCCACGGAACUUUGUUGGGGUGAAAUCUCGCUUUGCAAGUGUGCCUUCUGCAAAACCGACCAGCUCAGUGUCCAUGGACUUCAACAACCCACAAGGUUUGUCUCAGAGGAACGAGUGGUCAUCUGAUGUUGGUGUUGUUGGACACUCAUUAUACACAAAUGGAAGAAUUAAAAAUGACGAGAACAGAGAAGUUUCACCUCAAACUGUCAAACCCAGUCCACGGGAUUCAGUCAGACUAUUAGGUGCCAAAGGCUCUCAGUGCCAGAGCAGUAAAGACUCAUCUGGGAUGGAAAUGCUUGAAGGAGUCAUUGGAAGAGGCAUGUUUGGCAGCUCCUCCAUGUCAUUUGAGCAGGGUAACUCAGUAACCAAGUGCCCCAGUAAUCUCUACUCUACAAUAAACAGCUUCCAGGCAGACAUUGGUGACGGUCUAAGCCUAGAUGAGGUCAAGGACAAUGCAAGGACUGUACGAUUAAGCAGGGACAAAAUGCGGCAGCAGCACACAAACGCAGCUGAUGAAUCAAGUCAUGGAGACCAGACGCGAGACAGGAUACGACACCGUGUCAAACAGAUGCUGUCGGAGUCACCCACAACAGAAUGCACACCAAUAAUCAACAAAGAUCUCCAGUUAAAUGGCAACACUCUGCACUCUUGUAAAGGGAAUGUCUUUCCAAAUGAGUCCCUCAAUUGUUCAAGAAGUCCUGUCAGCUCGCCUGAAGCUCCCACCCCUUUUAAGAGCUUUACUCCUCACCAGCCUAGUCCUCCUGCAGCGCCCCCAAACCCCAAAAAUGUAUCCCGUCUCAGGCGAGCACCCAGCCUUGGCAGGACACGGCCCUCACAAUCUCACAGCUCAGACGAGCUGACCUCCGUUUCUCUGAGCCACAAGAAGAACUUCUCAGAAGCUGCUGAUCUGUGUCCAUUUUCCAAGCCUGAACUUGCAAUGACCCACAGCUUCAACCUCCUGAGUUCAGAUGACUGGGAGAAGAAAAUAGAAGGACUAACUUUUCUGCGCAGUCUUGCAAACUUCCACUCUGACAUACUCCAAAGCAAGCUCCAUGAUGUGUGCCUUUUGCUCUCUCAAGAGGUGAAAAACCUGCGCUCAGGUGUAUCAAGGACCGCCGUGUGUACGCUCGGUGAUCUCUUUAGUAAUCUGCAGAAGGCAAUGGACCAGGAGCUGGAGGCCUCAGUGAAAGCCCUGCUGCACAAAGCAGGAGAGUGCAAUGCCUUUAUCAGACAGGAUGUGGAUGCAGCCCUGGACUCCAUGGUGCAGCACUGUACCCCCACUCGGAGUAUUCAGGCUUUACUUACAGGAGGCCUUGGUCAUCUCAACGCUGUUGUGAGGAAGUGCACUGCGCAGCAUCUGGCUGAUCUGGUUGACAAGGUUGGUGCGGCGCGUCUUCUGUCUGGGGGUAAAGAACUUACAGACAAACUUUUGCCUGCAAUUUCAAAACUGUCACAAGACUCCUCUCAAGAAGCCAGAUAUUAUGGCCGGCGCAUGCUUCUCGCUCUAUCAUCACAUUCCAAUUUUGAUAAGAUUCUUGAGAAGUAUAUACCUGCCAAAGAUUUACCAGCAGUCAGAGACACUGUCCUAAGUUUAAAGACAAAGGGCCUGGGGUCCAUGCCCUUGGACAGCCAGUCAGCCAGAGGCCGGCGCUCCCUGCCAGGCAGCGGGACAGUCAGAGCCUCUUCUCUCAACCGAGAACCUCUGAGUCAAUCCACAAGGGAAUCAAACAACCUGUUCAACAGCAGAAGCUCACAGACUAUAGCUGAUAAGACUGAGUAUGUGAACCACAUGUCCAGUCUGCUGGGCUCAAAGGACUUCCGGGAGAGGAUAAAGGGAAUCGACCAGCUGGUGGCAGACUGCCACAACAAUCCCAACAUUGUUAUCAGCAGUAUAUUUCCAAUUUUUGAUGCCUUUCGGUCUCGGCUGCAGGAAUCAAACAGCAAAGUCAACCUUCAUGCUCUUGAGUCCUUGCAGAAGAUUAUUCCUUUGUUAAAGGACAAUUUAUCCCAGUUGGUUAACAUCCUAGUCCCAGCAAUUGUAGACAAUCACCUCAAUUCAAAGAAUAAUGCUGUUUACACUGCUGCUAUUGGAGCCAUAAAUUCACUCACAUCAAAUCUGGAUAACAUACUCCUUCUUCAGCCUUUUUGUACCAAGGCUCAGUUUUUAAGUGGCAAAGCAAAGGUUGACCUUAUUGAAAAGGUUGCAGAGAUGGUGACUGAACUGUACCCUCGUAAGCCCAACAUGGUGGAGCAGAAAGUGCUGCCGUUGCUGUGGCACCUGCUCGGGACGUCCACUCACAGCGGCACGAUCCACGGCCGCGGCGGCAGCGUGAGAGGUGCCACCGUGAGCCUGUGCGAAGCCCUGUAUGCCCACAUGGGACAGGGUCUGAGCGAGAGCGCGGCCUCCCAGCCCGCUAACGUCCACAAGAGUUUCAACGAGGUGCUGCGAUCAUUAACAUAA